GUCACAGACCAUGGCCGGCGGCAGCGAGGUCGUCCCUUGUUUGGUUAUUAAUCCAGCUAUUUCUGACAAAGCACCAAAUCAAUCUAUGAUUGCACAGAACGAUUUCAGCUGUGAUUUUGCUUUUCAAGACAAUGGUGGUCAAGCAGACAUCAAUCCUCCCCUAAUUGUUCAGGAUAGCUUCAGUACACCCAAAAAGAGAACCAGCAGUGGGCCUUUUUGUGGUUCAUCAUGCACACCAGAAUGUGAUGACAACUUAAAGCCGGCUGUAGGUAUGACAUUUGAGAACAUGGAAGCCGUCGAGAAGUACUACAAGGCUUAUGCACACAAGGUUGGGUUUUCAGUCAAAAAAAGGUUGGGUUUUCAGUCCGAAAUGGACAGAAGAGGACUGCAUCAAAUUCAGUGGUGGUGAGGAGGCGAUUUUUGUGUGCCAAAGCAGGUUUCAGAACCAAGAAAGAGGAAGCCUCAAUUAGUAACAUCUUGGGGUAUUUAGAAGCAUGGGAGUAUGUACUUUACCCAUGGAGUUUUCACAGAUUUUCAAAAGGAGGCACGUGCAGGUAGAGACCAUUGCUUGAUUGAAAGCAUGUCACAUGAAGGUGAUGUCAAAACCACGGUUAUAGGCGGUGAUUAUGGCAAGGCUAGAGAAGUUAUAUUCAACACAUCAUCCAUGAGUGCUCACUGCUCCUGCAUGUUGUUUGAGACACAUGGAAUUCCCUGUCGACAUAUCAUCUUGGUUUUGAGAGGUGCCAAGUUGAAUGAGCUCCCUAGCCAUUUCAUUUUGGAUAGGUGGAAGAAAUAGUUAACAAGAGGGCUUUAUAUGAUAGCAAUGGCAACAUGCUUGAAGAGAACACAGGUAGUUCUUCAUAUUCGGCAAAGAGGAAAAUAGUUUCAGAAAUACAUCAAACAUUCGAUGACACGAU